AUGUUUGAGCCUGACUUCACGACUACAAGGGAUCAACCUUCGAACCAAACGGCUGACCCAAUGGUCGCUACUGCCGCUACUGCGAAACCUUCGAGUAAAGACCCUUAUGCAAUAAGUCAGUCACCAUCAAUAGAUUCGUUCAUUCUAGACUGCCAAUCGCCAGCGAAGCAAGACUUCAGCCACACAAACCCAGACUUGCAACUUCAAUCAAACCGCACAGCCAGCUCAGAGGACCCUUUUGCAACCCCUGAGCCGAGUACGCCCCCAAGUCCGACAGCGAGCGUCAGUCACGGACCGCGUGAGCAGAGGCAGCGACGGCGACGGGGACGGCGACCUCACAUACGCUUGCCUGGUCACUAUCUAGGGCACUCAGAGUCUUCAGGCUCUUCAGAUUCUCCGGGCCCCUCAGAACCUUCAGGUCCCUCAGAUCCUCUGAAUUCCGCAAGAUCUGAAGAUUUGACAGGCGGCCCAGGCCGACGCUUUCUAGUCGUUAAAAAAUGGUAUCGCGCCACACAGGAGUGGCUAGCACGCCGAAAGUUAGCCUUUCAAGGCAAGCUUGCGCGUCUGCAAGCAAAAUACGCGCAGCUCAAAGAUCAUGAGCCGAAGGAUGAGCGAGUUUUUCUGCUAGCAGGUGGAAACGACAGAGUAAGGGGUGACACUCCUGAAGGUCCGGACGAUGGAGAAAACCUGUGA